CAGAGUGGAAACAUGUGUUUAGACGCUGUGCAGCGCUCUGAAUCCGACACGAGUGUGUAGGUUGUCUGUUGUCAGAUUGUGCACUUGAAGAAUUGGCAGCAGCCUAUACAAUGUAGUUCUGCUCCUCAGCUAUAAGUUUAUUAGGCUAAGUGGAAUAAACCGUUUAGGACGGUGCAUAAAAGUUUAUAUGCUUUUUCACACAGAAAAAAAACGUAAUUACGGAAAACUAAACGAUCAUCACAAAAGAAAGUAGCUGACUAGCUAGCGAGUGUGCUAAAUCAAAAUAUUUGCAUACAAACUUUUAUUUUUGACGGCUGAGUUGGACGAAAACCUUUGCAGGGGUAUCAGCUCUAGGUAAACGCUGGAGUUUGCGAGCUUGGUGGACUUUUUAAAGACGGUUGAAAGCACAAAGCGACUGUGGGAAUGUCGUGUCGGAGUGGGGUGGCCCGGGUGGGUAAUCAAGGACUGCAGCCCGUCCGAGCCACGGUCCCGUUUCAGCUCCAGAACCGAGCAGCGCCGCGCUGCAAAGACGCCAAAGCAGCCGAGUACAAGUCGAAGGGGCGCCCGCCGAAGCCAACCUUGCGACGCACAUUGUCUCUGGACACUCUGGUGGGACCGUACCUUCAGGGCAACUGGCCUAGAGAAGCAGAGUGUCAGCCGGUUACCUGUGUCAAUGACAAGGCCACACAGGUGUGAUCCUUCCCACUCAAAUUUUCAUUUUUGGGGUGAACUAUUCCUUUAACACAGUCUGUGAUAUUAAUAGCAAACAAAGGAGGUCCUGUCUGACCAUGUGGAGUGGAGACUUUGGGGAAUAAAACAAACCAUUGGUUUUUACUCGCCUUAUAUGAUACACAUAUAGAAUUAUGCACAGCUGUUUUAACACUUGUGUUGUUUGCAA